ACGUCAUUAGUAUUUGUGUACACACACGCAUGUUGCAACAUCCCCACCAUGGAUGAUGGUAAAACUGAAAACUUGGUAAAUGAAUUACCAGCACAAGAAUUAGCUGCACAUGGAGAUGCUGGCCUUGUUAUAGAAUCUCAAAAGGAUAAAACAGCGGUCCCUAAUGUGGAAUUGGAACAGGACACAAAGCCUCUACCACAGGAACCAGAAGAUGCAGUAGAAAGCGAAUUUUCAGAUUGGGAAGAUGAUGAAGGCGAGGAUGGAGAGGAUACUGGGGAUGAGAGUGAUAUCGAGGACAAUGAUGAGGAUGAGGCGAUCCGAGCUGGUAGGGACCCUAAUCCUACACUUCCUGGCACUGUAACUGUUCUCUCAAACAACUGUGAAACCAAAGUCUACCUUGUGGGCACUGCCCACUUCAGUCAUGAGAGCCAGGCAGAUGUUGCCGAGACUAUACAGAAGACUCAACCAGACGUUGUUAUUGUUGAGCUUUGUGAUAGUCGGGUACACAUGCUUCACCUUGAUGAGAAACUUUUGUUGGAGGAGGCAAAGAACAUCAACUUCCAGAAAAUAAAGGAGACCAUCAGUAAGAUAGGAUAUGUACAGGGUAUAGCCUACCUUCUACUGCUCAGGAUGUCUGCACACAUUGCCAAGGAGCUGGGCAUGGCUCCUGGAGGGGAGUUCCGCCAGGCCUUUAGAGAGGCCAAGAAGAUACAGGUGUGUAAAAUGAUAAAGCUAGGGGACCGUCCCAUACAGAUCACAAUGAGACGAGUGCUUGCCUCCCUGUCCUUCUGGCAGAAACUUAGGCUGGUAUGGCACCUGCUAUUCUGUAUAGAUUAUAAAUUCAGUAAGGAAGACAUAGAGAAGUGUAAGGACCGAGACUUACUAGAACAGAUGCUGAAGGACAUGGCCGGAGAGUUCCCAGCUUUGGCCAAGGUUGUUGUCGAAGAGAGAGACACCUACCUUGCAUUCAGUCUAAAGAAUGCUGCUGUCACCUUCAGAGAGUAUCAGCGGAAGCAAUGUAGAGACAGGAACACAGGUACAUCUCACCCUGUAGUAGUUGUCGGCGUUGUGGGAAUAGGACACGUGCCCGGUAUAAUAGACAACUGGGAACAGUACAGACACAACCUCAAAGAAAUUACUACAGUACCUGAUCAGCCUAUGUCUAUAAUCUGGCGAACGUUUGGCUGGGCGUUCAGGAUAUCAUUGGUAGGAGCUGUGGGGAUGGGCUGUUAUAAGUUGUGUCGGUGGACACUUCCUAUGGUACUAUGACUGGACCUAGACAACCAAUUCAGUGUGUCCUAAUUCCUCAUAGUUGUACAGUUUGAUUGGGCAUUUCAAACUCAGCAGUUUUCGUCCAAAGGCAUGUGAAGUCCUUUAGUUCCUAGUCAAAGUAUAAAUGCCCAAUGGUACUGUCUGCCUGGUGGAGAAAUCAUGAUAUUUGCGAUAUUCUAUUUUCACUCACUUUCAUUAAUUGAAUCAUGUUAUUAUCUUUCAGACACAAAUGAAUAAUGUAUCUGAAUAUUUUUAUGAUUUAUUUCAAAAAUGAAACUCACAUCAGGUGAUGAUGUACAUUUUUGUCAAAAUAUAAUUGACUUUUAAACUUGUAUGUCUACACAAAGUCCUGUUUGAGAGAAACUUUUAAACAAGCUUCAUAGUCAAAGCUUUAAUGUUUUAAGUGCAGGCUUUAAUUAUCUGUGAGUUGGUUAACUUGAAAUUGAAGCUGAAAAAAUAUGGUCAAGCAUAUAUUAUUUAAUAAAAAUUAAUUAUAGUGAAAAGGUGAUAUUAAAUCAAACAAUGUCAUAGGGUAUUUCAUUUCAGAAUUCAUGUAUAUAAUAUUAACCCUAUAGAAGCCCUCUCUUUAAUGUUAUGAACAGUAUACAUGCAUCAUGUUAUAGUAAAAGUAUUUUGACUGAUAUGACAGAUAUGUCAGAAAUUGUGUUGUUUGGCUGCUCAGUUAACUAUAGAUAACAUCUCCAAUAUCAUUGACUAUGUGGAAGUAAAGUCUUUUGUCGAAAUAAUUACUCUUCUCAUAUUUAUUUGCACUUACCAAUAAGCUAACUGGGGAAGUGAUGUAUUUUCAAGCAGUUGUUCAGUUGAAUUCAGAGUUUGUAAGACAUUUCUUGGGUGAAGGCAUUCUUACAGCUUAACGUGGCAGAAAAGGGAGAUAAUUCGUCUGAAGCUUAAUGUGGCAGUAAAGGGAGAUAAAUUAUCUGUAGCUUAAUGUGGCAGUAAAGGGAGAUAAUUUAUCUGUAACUUAACAUGGCAGAAAAGGGAGAUAAUUCGUCUGAAGCUUAAUGUGGCAGUAAAGGGAGAUAAUUUAUCUGUAGCUUAAUAUGGCAGUAAAGGGAGAUAAUUUAUCUGUAGCUUAACGCGGCAGUAAAGGGAGAUAAUUUAUUUGUAAGUGUUGUGGUAAACUAAUUACAGGAGUGUUGUGACUAGACAGCUAAUACAUGUUUGGUCAAAGGUGAUAUUAUUGGUGCUAUUCUCAUGGUGUUGUAUAUAUUCUAAUGUGUUUGUAGAUUUAUGAUUAUGAAAGUGAUGUGAUGAAAGUUGUUUAUUGAUGACGUAUGUUGUGCCAUUAUCAUAACCAGUUAUAAUAUCUCAUUCAUUUUACGCUUUCUUGUUGACAUUGACUUUACAUAUUGUCAAACCUUAUCUUCAUUGCAUAAUGUUGUUUAAAUAUAGCUAUUCUCUCUUUUGUAGAAUUCCUCUACUAUGUAUUUAAGAGUUACUGAGAGUUUAUAUAUCAUUUGUCUGAUAACUUGUUAAGGUGAAAUGGUUUAUACAUUAUUUGCAGAAACUUUUUAUCUACCAAUGAUAUUUUUCUAUAUUACCCCUUUUUCACUGAAAGCUUUAAAUACUUUAAUAUUUUUAAUUGUAUACUUUUGUGCAAACUUGUUUAUAUAAUACUGAUAAUGAAAAAAGACGCAACUUUAAAUUUUUAAAAGUGAGAUUGUUCAGCCUUGCCCAAAUCGUGUGAGCACACUUAAAACUACGAUAUCAUAUCUAGUUCUUGGUUGCACCGAGUUCAUAAGGUCACCCAUUCAGUGAAUUGACUGAAGUAUCUUAAGUUAUGGCAGUUGUAAAUUCUUGUCUAGUUUCUCAUAAAAAUAAAAUGGCACAUCAGAUAAUCAUGACAAUAAUUUUAAAAGAUGUGAUGAUGUGUGGCAAUAUCACUGUCAAUGAUUUCAUCCUGUUGAAUGUUUAUACAUCUACAUUAAUCAAAUAAUAUGUAAAUUUAAAUUGAGUCAUAAGAAAUAUUCAACUUUUAAAAAUCUUUUACCUUGUUUGUGAUUAAUUGAAUGAAAAAUACAUACGUUUUCCAAGCAAGGUAUUUUGAUAUUUUAAUAUUUUGUUUUCAAGAUUAUUUAGGGUUAAAGGAAGGUUGAUAUACGGUAAUGGAUAUUUAAUAUAAAUGCAUAUCAAAUUUUAAAGUUGCCAUUUUCUUUGUUUCAUUAAAACUGAAAAGCUUUGAAUUUUGCACAAUGGUAGUGGUAAUGAGAACUGUACAUGAGUUACAUUAUGAAUUAGAAAAUGUAUUUGGUGAAGGGAAUAAACUUUUAAACCACAUUUGUUAUUUAGAAUAAAAUACAUGUAUGAAAUAAAAUUAUACCAAACUAACUUUAAUACUACAGAAAUGUACGCAUUAUUUAUGGGCUAUUACGGCACUGCCUUAAGUUGUUUGUUCAAUUCCUAUGAAUUCUGAUGAAAUGUAAUCAGAAUGACAUGUACAUUGCACUAACUAGGCUCUUGUAUCUGAUAAUUAACAUCCACAGUUAAAAUAAAAAAAAAAUAAUAUCCUUGAUAUAUACUAUACACAGAUAUUGGAUCUUAACUCUGGGUGUUAUUUACCCCAUGCAAGUACCUUUGGUUGAUUCCAAGAUAUUUUGUUUUAUAACAAUGUGUUCUAUUUAAAGUAAUACUUGGGAUACCUGCUACCUUACUGUCAUAUCAUAUGUCAAAUAUAGUCUCUUAGAACAAAGAAAGACUAGUGAAUCGAUUAUUGAUGUUAUUGAAUCAGUGAUAUCAUUGUUUGAUUGAGGUAAUGGAUAAUCAAAGUUACUAUAAUAACUCAAGUUAAUUCAUUUGUAACUGAGGAUAAUGGCUAUGUAACUAAGGUUACUGAAAUUAUAACCAUGGUUAAUGAAUCAGUAACUGAGGUUAAGAAUAUUUAACUGAGGUCUGGUUAAUCUGUAACUAUGCCUUAUGAAUCCAUUACAGCGAUAAGUGGAUCUGUAAGUAAGGUUAGUGAAUCUAAAACUGAGGUUUAUGAAUCUGUUACCGAGUUAAAUGAAUAACUCAGACUUGAUUGAAGAUAAUGAAUCUAUAACCAAGGUUAAGGAAUCAUUGAUAGAGGUGAACGAUUAAAAAAUGGAGGUUUACCUGAAGAUAAUGAAUCUAUAACUGAAGUUAAUGAUUCUAUAACCAAGAUUGAUGAAUCUAUAUAUGAAGUUAAUUAAUCAAAGAAAGAGGUUUACUAAUCCAACAUUAUGAAUCAAUUAUAGAGGUUAAUUAAUCAAUGAACAGUCUGAGUAACUAAAAGUAAAACAUUAUGAACUUAAAAUCCAGCAGUAAUUAUUGAGUAAGUUAGCAUAAGGAAUGAGGCAUUUCUUUACGUUUGUUUGAAGAUACGUGAAUACACAGGGAUAUCUACGUCUAUAUAAAUAUAUAUCAUAAAUAGUGUUAUACCCUGUACAUGUAAGUGGUUGACAUGUUAGUGAAUCUUGUGUUUCCAGCGUGUUUUGACCGGUUUGUAAUUGUUGACAAUUUGAGUAGAUAUUUAAUUGAUAUGCAUAAUUUCAUGUUUAAAAAGUUAUAUGCUUUUAUGUGUGUAUAAAAGUACAACACGCUGACUCUUUUAAACAUGUCAAAGGAUUUUAAGUUUGAAGAAAUAUUAAUUCAAAAGAGUAAUUAUAACUCUGUUUUUGAUAAGAACUUUUGAAUAGAAUCUUGAUUAUACAAUAUACUGUGUUAAGACUUAACAUUGAAGUUUUUUAUAUUAAUAGAUAACAUUAUCACUGUGUUUUUUUCUUCAAAAGAAUGUUCACUAUAUCAGAAAUAAGAUAACCAUUGUUUUAUUUAUCAACAGAACUUUCGCUGUAUUAGAGAUAAUGUUAUCGCUGAUACGAUUAUUGCUUUUUUUUCAACAGAAUGUUCCUAUAUUAGAAAUUAGAUUAUCAUUCUGGUUUUGUUCAACAUAAACAAUAAAAUGUGGUAAUUGUU